AUAAUGGAUACUAUGCGAGAUGAGAAGCGCAAAGCCAUUCCGGCAAUCGGGUUCUAUCCACAGGAAGAAAUCAGCACUGGAACCACUCUCAUCGCUAUGGAGUACAACGGUGGAGUUGUCGUCGGAACCGACUCGAGAACCAGCGCCGGCUCGUUCAUCACCUCCCGUGCCACCAACAAAAUCACCCCGAUCACCGAUAAUAUGGUUGUGUGCCGUUCUGGAUCUGCAGCGGACACUCAAGCGAUCGCCGAUAUUGCCAAGUACCAUAUUGAUGUUUAUACCAUGACAGAGAACAAGCCAGUGACAAUCUACCGCUCGAGCCAGAUUUUCCGCCAAUUCCUCUACAACUACCGCGAGCAGCUCUCCGCCUCAGUGCUCGUCGCCGGCUGGGAUGAGGAGCUCGGCGGCCAGGUCUACGCAAUCCCAAUCGGAGGAUUCGUGUCCCGCCAGCGAUCGACAGCUUCCGGCUCCGGUUCCACAUUCGUGCAGGGCUUCCUCGACAGUCAAUGGAGACCAAACUUGACGCUCGAGGAGUGCAAGGCGAUCGUGAAGCAAGCCGUCGGACUCGCCACCUUCCGUGACGGAUCCUCCGGCGGAGUUGUCCGUCUCGCCGUGAUCAACAAAGCCGGCUCACAGUUCGAGCUGUUCCGUCCCGACAAACCAGGAUUCCCAUUCGUGCAGACACCAACUCCACAUCUCUCUUUCCCACCGCACAUCGAACAAGUCCUCUAAAAUCGUUUCGUUUUUCGAUCUUCUAUUGUAUUUUCCCCUGUGCGACUAUACUGCUAAGUUAUUUGAUUUCCCUCAAUAUUUAUGAAAAUU